GGACGCGUCCCGAGGGCGGGCGGCCACCAUUGGUGGGCUGAACCGGCCGAGUUCCCGGAUGAGGGAACAUUCUGCGGUAUAAAGGGCGCGAGGAAGGCGGGAGACGGCGCAGUUUGAAUCGCGGUACGACCGAGGAGUGGGCGCCGGGAUCUCGCUGAGCGUCCGCCUGGCCUCGUCUGUUCCUCUUUGGUCCGAGCUUCAGCGCAGUCCGAGAUGGCUGGCGGUAAGGCUGGUAAGGACUCCGGAAAGGCCAAGACAAAGGCGGUUUCCCGCUCGCAGCGAGCCGGCUUGCAGUUCCCUGUGGGCCGUAUUCAUCGACACCUGAAAUCUAGGACAACCAGCCACGGACGUGUGGGUGCGACCGCUGCUGUGUACAGCGCAGCCAUCCUGGAGUACCUCACCGCAGAGGUACUUGAGUUGGCAGGAAACGCUUCAAAGGACUUAAAGGUAAAGCGUAUUACUCCUCGUCAUUUGCAACUCGCUAUCCGUGGGGAUGAAGAAUUGGACUCUCUGAUCAAGGCUACAAUUGCUGGUGGUGGUGUCAUCCCACACAUCCACAAGUCGCUGAUUGGGAAGAAGGGACAGCAGAAGACUGUCUAAGGAUGCCUGGAUUCCUUAUUAUCUCAGGACUCUAAAUAUUCUUAACAGCUGUCCAGUGUUGGUGAUUCCAGUGGACUGUAUCUCUGUGAAAAACACAAUUUUGCCUUUUUGUAAUUCUAUUUGAGCAAGUUGGAGGCUUAAUUAGCCUUCCAACCAACCAAAUUUCUGCAUUCGAGUCUUAACCAUAUUUAAGUGUUACUGUGGCUUCAAAGAAGCUAUUGAUUCCGAAGUAGUGGGUUGGAUUGAGUUGACUGUUUUUAAAAAUCUGUUUGGAUUUUAAUUGUGCUGCAGAAGUUAUAGUAACAAACAUUUGGUUUUGUACAGACAUUAUUUCCACUCUGGUGGAUAAGCUCAAUAAAGGUCAUAUCCCAAA